AACUAAACUUCAAACUGCAUCAUAUUAAAUAUCCAUAAAUCAAUUAUUUGGAAAUGUUAUCUCUAAAUGGAAGAAAAACAAUACAAUGUGUAGGUAACUGAAUUAUCACGUCUUCUUUUAUUGCCUCCCACUGUUUAACGCGGGUUCAGCCUGCCAGUUACGCCCAGUAUCCCAGACCGCCGGGCGUGCCAGGAUACUCUGACCACUGCGCGCAAUAACCAGCUACUGAGGUGCAGCAUCCGGAGGAGCGCAACUCUUCUCCCCACAGCACCGUACGCGUCCUGGAUAAUUGAUGUAGAUGCGCAAUGAUCGAGUCGCGGUUUGUCCUUCCAUCUCCUGUCCUAAACGAAACUCAUGCUUUAACACGGAUGCUGCGUCUUUUUAAUUAUUCAUGACUCUUAUGUUUGUUUUGGAUGGAGAUUGUCUCCAGAUAUGAGUAUUUCUAAUAAACGAUAUGAAUGUGAUGUGUCGCUGUUUUCUGAAGGAGAAGAUCAUACUCUCAUACACUGCUGAGCGGGAUCGGUUGUGUAACGGACCCUGACGCGUACUGGGCAUCUUUUUUUCUCGGCGGGACUAUUACGCUGCCCUCUCCUGUUGAUCGCUCCGGUGUGUACAUAUGAUGUAAUUGGGAGCGAAGGUAUGAAUUGGAUAUUUUUGUAAGGAUCGACACUGCGAGCCCCUUGAGUCGUCUUUUGAUCAACUCGGCACGUCAAAAAAGCUCCAGGUAUGGCUGCAAAGCCUUCAGAGCCGGGGUCAGUUUCCAUACCCAUGGAGGAGACCAAACGUGCUGGAGGAGCUCCUCCAGAUGCUGCCAUGCUUACUCAUUUGAAGAAGGUGGAAAACCACAUCACAGAUGCGCAGAGGUUUUCUCACCUGCCUCGGCGUUCAGCGGUGGACCUGGAGUUUAGAGAGCUCUCAUACACCAUCCGUGAAGGCCCCUGCUGGAGGAGGAGAGGAUUUAAAGCCCUUCUGAAGUGUCUCUCUGGAAAGUUCUGCAAUCGGGAGCUUAUUGGAAUCAUGGGACCCUCAGGGGCUGGAAAAUCCACUCUCAUGAACAUACUUGCUGGUUACAGAGAGACAGGCAUGAAAGGUCAGGUCCUGGUCAACGGGCGACCCCGUGACCUCCGCACCUUCAGAAAAAUGUCAUGUUACAUCAUGCAGGAUGACAUGCUACUGCCACAUCUCACAACACGAGAGGCAAUGAUGGUCUCGGCUAACCUCAAACUUAAUGAAAGUAUGGAGGUUAAAAAAGAACUGGUGGAUGAGAUCCUGACAGCAUUAGGACUGCAGGAGUGUGCCCAAACUCGUACCAUCUCUCUGUCAGGUGGUCAGUGUAAGCGGCUGGCUAUUGCUCUGGAGCUGGUCAAUAACCCCCCUGUCAUGUUCUUUGAUGAACCCACCAGUGGUCUAGACAGCUCGUCCUGUUUCCAGGUGGUGUCCUUAAUGAAAUCUCUGGCUCAGGGAGGAAGAACUAUUAUCUGUACCAUCCACCAACCCAGUGCUAAACUCUUUGAGAUGUUUGACAAGCUUUAUAUCCUAAGCCAAGGUCAGUGCAUAUAUAAAGGGACAGUGCCUAACCUAAUACCCUACCUGAAAAACCUUGGACUCCACUGCCCAACAUACCAUAAUCCUGCAGACUUUAUAAUUGAGGUUGCUUCAGGAGAAUAUGGUGAUCUGAACCAUGUGCUCUUCGAGGCUGUCCAGGGUGGCUUGUGUUCAGAUGAGGGCAAGAAGAACUCCAUUGACAAGAAUGAUCCGACGACAUCUUGUAACUCCCAAUGUCAUACUGAUUCAGGCCAUAUUGAGAAACACACGUUUGCUACCAGUAGCCUCACACAGUUCUGUAUUCUCUUCAAGAGAACCUUCAUCACUAUAUCCAGGGACGUGGUAUUAACCCACCUGAGGGUGAUGUCACACUUAUGUGUCGGUGUGCUGAUUGGUCUGCUGUACCUGAACAUUGGAAAUGAUGCCAACAAAGUGUUUAACAACACAGGCUUCCUUUUCUUCUCUAUGCUGUUCCUCAUGUUUGCUGCACUCAUGCCCACAGUCCUGACAUUUCCGCUGGAGAUGUCUGUUUUUAUGAGGGAACAUCUGAAUUACUGGUACAGUCUAAAGGCAUAUUACCUGGCUAAGACAAUGGCAGACAUUCCAUUUCAGAUCAUUUGUCCGAUUAUGUACUGCAGUAUAGUGUACUGGAUGACAGAGCAGCCUCCAGAAGCAGGCAGAUAUCUGCUGUUUAUGGCCUUGUCCACCUCCACUGCUCUAGUGGCUCAAUCUCUGGGGCUUCUUAUUGGAGCUGCAUCCACAUCACUCCAGGUCGCCACAUUUAUAGGUCCAGUCUCUGCCAUCCCGGUCCUGCUGUUCUCAGGCUUCUUUGUCAACUUUGACACUAUCCCCAAAUAUCUGCAGUGGAGCUCCUACGUGUCAUACGUCAGGUAUGGCUUUGAGGGAGUACUUCUUUCUAUCUAUGGCAUGAACCGCUCAGAGUUAGAGUGUCCAGUUAAAGUGUGUAAGUUUCAGAAGCCAGAGGAGGUGUUACAGCUCCUGGAUGUGGAGGACGCUAAGCUCUACGUGGACUUCAUGGUGUUGGGGGCCUUUUUCUUAAUUCUGAGACUUGCCACAUACCUGGUCUUGCGUUAUAAAGUCAAAUCCGUGCGUUAGGAGCUUAUUAUUAGACAUAUUUGAUAUUAUAUAAAACACACACACAUAAUACUCUCAAUAUAUAAAUGCACAUUAACAUCCCUUUGUGUGCAGAAACCUUCAGACACCAAAACCAAUGCACAUUGAUACCGGGGCCAUUAACUGGCAGUGCAACAAUAACGUUCAUGUUUUUGCUACUUAAAAAUGUUUUUAUUCUCGGAUGAGUUUAAAAUAGCGAAUUAAAAGCUGAAAAUAUUUUUACUUUGAUUUUCAUUUUUUUAUGUAUUACAUGCAGUUUAACUAUAAAUGCAUUGUACAUUGAACCUUGAAGCAUGUUGACAGGUCUGGAUGUUAUUAUAAUGACAAUCCCUUCAGAGCAUGUGGAUUGGCCAACACGCAACAUAUGAAAAAGGGAUUGAGGGAUAGUCAUAUUGUUAAUGAAUUUUAUUGAGAUCCUUUUACAGUGUUUUGGAAGAGAGUGUUCUGCAUGCCUCGGGCACUUUAGGACAAGCAUACAGCUGAACCAAGAACUUUUCUGAGCUUAAUCGGAUAUACAAGUUGACCAACCAGCGUAUCAUCAUUUUCUUUUUUGUCUUCCGACAAUACACUGAGAAUUUAUAGAAUAGCAUUGACCUGCUGGAUUUAAAGAACCCUUUAUUUCAGUUCUGGCAAUUUUGGGCAAAGAAUUCAUGUCAGCCUAAAUCUGACCAUUUGAGGAAUGUUGCAGCAAGUGCCCUUGAUUGGAACUGCCUGUAUUUUUUCCUGAGAGAGAACUGCUUGACAAACAUUUUGGUUGUCAGUAUCAAAUCCAUCUGUCCUGUUACCUUGAAUUUCUGGACAACUGCCUGUAUGGAUGUUUAAGAGAUAAACGGCCGUACGUCUUGUUUUUUCUCUUUUGUUUUCAUCAGCAGGGAUCAUACUCCUAUGAUCCAAAAGCUCCAAUAGUGACCAAAAAGGUGAAGAAUGUGAAUUGGGGCCGAUCACAUAAGCACCUUUGAACUACUUGCUUCUCCUUAGGAACGGCAUUACGUGCAAUCCUGAUGUCUCACAUUAAAGGGAUAUUUCACUACCAAAUCAAAAUUUCCCCAUGUUUUACUCA